ACCCAAACGGAAUUUAUUCGACAGUAACAGACAACCCGAGUUGGUUUCUUCUGGCUCUGCGUUUCCGGUCUCGUACUCGUUCUGGUGACUUGGCCUCACUCAGCUUGUACCUCGCGUAAUUCUAGCUCUUCUUCCUUCUCUGAACCAGAAAAACCCUAGUAAUUGAAUGCGAAGUUGACGCCCAGAUACACCGUUUUCGGUUAUUGAAAAAUCUCAAGCUAUCUUGCUUGGUUCGACUCGACUCGACUCAACUCCUGCCUCCUAGGCAAAUAAUUCAGGCAAGUUCCAUUAUUCCUUCUGAAAGAUGAGCAUUAGGCCUAUUUUGUAGUCCUCACAAGGAAAACCAUUAAAGUGAGCUUAUCAUUCAUUGCCUUGUCAUGGAUGUUGAAGCAGUGGAUGAAGGAGAAAGCAAUGAUAGACUUGAACCUGACAGAGGCCAGAGACAGAGUGUAACUGUAAAUCUGCCUGAAAGAGAAGUAAUUAAUCAUGGUGGUGAUGCAGAUAUGAAACCACAAGUGGGCAUGCUUUUUGAAACGGAAGAUGCUGCAAGAUCAUUUUAUGAUGCAUAUGCAAGGCGAGAGGGUUUUAGCACCCAUGUGGGUCAGUUCAGCCGUAUGAACCCUGAUGGACCAAUUGUAACUUGGGACUUUUCUUGUACUAGGGAGGUAUUUAAAAGGAAGAACAUAGAAAGUUGCAAUGCAAUGCUUAGAAUAGAGAGAAAAGAUGCCAACAGCUGGAUAGUCACAAAAUUUGUUGAGGACCAUAACCAUUCCCUGGCCUCCCAUAGUAAGGUGCACCACCUUCGACCUCAUAGGCAUUUUGCAGGUGCUACAAGGAAUGCUUCUGAGACAUUCAAUGCUACUAGUGAUGCCUAUAUCUCAACAGAUGGAAAUCAUGUAUUUCACGAACCAACUCGUGUAGUCAGGAGUUCCUCUCCAGUAGAUCUAAAUUAUCGAUCCAGAAACACUGGUCCUUUAAUGUACAUAAGACCCACUCGAAAUAGGACCCUUGGAAGAGAUGCUCAGAAUCUUCUGAAUUAUUUUAAGAAGAUGCAAGCAGAAAAUCCUGGUUUUUAUUAUGCUAUACAGCUUGAUGAUGAGAACCGCAUGACCAAUGUGUUUUGGGCUGAUGCGAGGUCAAGAGCAGCCUAUAACUACUUUGGUGAUACUGUAGUUUUUGAUACAAUGUAUAGACCAAAUCAAUACCAAGUCCCGUUUGCUCCAUUUACAGGAAUCAAUCACCAUGGUCAAAUGGUUUUAUUUGGUUGUGCAUUGCUUUUGGAUGAAUCAGAGUCUUCCUUUACCUGGCUGUUCAAGACAUGGCUUUCUGCUAUGAAUGAUCGACCUCCUGUUUCAAUAACCACAGACCAAGAUAGAGCUAUUCAAGUUGCCGUUGCCCACGCCUUUCCAGGGACUCGCCACUGUAUUUGCAAGUGGCACAUUUUGAGGGAAGGUCAAGAAAGAUUGGCUCAUGUUUACCUAGCCCAUCCUUCCUUUUAUGGAGAGCUGUAUAGCUGCAUCAAUUUCUGUGAGACUGUUGAGGACUUUGAAUCAACAUGGAAUACUCUGCUAGAUAAAUAUGAUCUUCAGAAAAAUGAGUGGCUUCAGGCAGUGUUUAAGGCUCGCAAGCAGUGGGCCCCUGUUUAUUUCCGUGGCACAUUCUUUGCUGCACUUACUUCAAACUACAGGGUUAGCUCCUUUUUUGAUGGCUAUGUGAAUCAGCAGACAAACUUACCUUUAUUCUUUAAGCAGUAUGAAAGAGCUCUUGAACAGUCAUUGGAAAAAGAAAUAGAAGCCGAUUAUGAUACAAUUUGCACCACGCCAGUAUUGAAGACUCCAUCACCAAUGGAACAACAGGCUGCAAAUCUAUACACAAAGAAGAUUUUUGCAAAGUUUCAAGAGGAACUGGUGGAAACUUUUGUGUAUACUGCUGACAGUAUUGAGAGUGAUGGUGUGGUCAGUAAAUACAGGGUUGCAAAAUAUGAACAUGAUCACAAGGCAUACAUGGUCACUUUAGAUGCUUCUGAAUUGAAAGCAAAUUGCAGCUGUCAGAUGUUUGAAUACUCGGGUAUUCUUUGCAGGCAUAUUUUGACUGUAUUUACUGUCACAAAUGUUCUUACCCUUCCGCCACACUACAUAUUGAAGCGAUGGACAAGGAAUGCUAAACUUAAUAUGCAAUCAGAUGACCAAAUUUCAGAUUCAAAUGCCAUUGAAACUCUCACCUUGCGUUUUAAUAGUUUAUGUCAUGAAGCCAUUAAACUUGCUGAAGAAGGAGCGGUAGCAGUGGAAACUUAUAAUGCUGCAAUGAAUGCUUUAAGAGAGGGCGGGAAAAAAGUUUCUGUUGUGAAAAAAAAAGUGGCAAAAGUCACACCUCCAACUCCAAAUGCUCAGGGUAAUGGAAGUAAUCAGGAAGAUCAUAGCAAGAAGAGCCCUUUAUCCAUGUGGCAAGAUCCAGUGUCACAUUGCUUUAAUCUUAAUGACAUUGGGCUUCCUGUUGCUGAUCUUAAUCAGCCGCGUAUGGCUCCUGUUUCUAUUUAUCGCAAUGGUGGUCCUUCUGAUAACCCUGUUGUUCUUAUAUAUUUCAAGUCUAUGAGUUGGGUCAUUGAAAAUAAGAAUUCAAUCUCAACCACUAGAGCCGCUGUGAUUAACUUGAAGCUGCAAGAUUAUGGCAAGAACCCUCCAGCAGAGAAUGAAGUACAAUUCCGGGUAACAAGGGUCACUUUGGAGCCUAUGAUGAGAUCUAUGGCUUAUAUCAAUCAGCAACUCUCCACGCCAGUCAAUAAAGUUGCUGUCAUCAAUCUGAAGCUCCAGGACACAAAGACAACUACUGGGGAAACAGAAGUGAAAUUCCAAGUUUCCAGGGAUACACUAGGUUCCAUGCUUAAAUCUAUGGCCUACAUCCGGGACCAACUAUGAGAACUCAUAUGAGCAAUUUGGAGGAUUGAAUAGGUGAAAAAGUGUCGAAGUGCGAUGUGUGAAGGAUACUCUCAGAUCCACAUGCCAAAAGAUGGUAGAUGGUCGAUCCUCACUCGCUGACCAUUCAACAUAAUUACAUGGAUUAGGUUUAGUUUAUAACUUAUGGCAUCCAUUCCUAUCAACUGUGUCUAUGUUAGAAUUAGUUUUUCCUUUUUCUUUUUUCCGUUCGUCCAUCCUCACUUACCCCUUCCCUCUAGCUUCCACAUUUAAUACAUUUGUACAUGAGGUUCUGAAGAUCUUGUAUUCACGCGAAGCUUUGUAUAUAUCUCUUGUUCUGGCUAUGGAAGAUGGGGAAGCUUGACUCAAUUACUACAAGAAAUCUUGUGUUUAUAGUUUUUGAUUGAUCUUGUUUUGGAGUUGAGAUACUCUGUUUCAGUCACAUAGAUACUUCCUCUGUUCCGACAUCAUGAGUCAUAGGACGUCUGUUUGAGAGUGAAGACAUAGACGAAGCAACCAAUGAAAGGAGAGACAGACUGCACAAUGCUUUGAGGAAUUGACAUUUUGUAUGUAAUAUUACAAUUAUAUGCAUUCAUCAUGUUGGUUUCCACGUAGGAGUGGCAAAUUGGUGGAUUUUGUAGAUAUGACAGUAUAGACUAAGGAUAUGCAUAUUUAUUGAUAUCAUUUAAGAAGAUA